UGGAUCCCCAGUUCUAUGCCCAGCCCAUGUGCUCAAGCCUCCCAGGUCCACUACUUCAUUCUGGUAUAUUGGCCAGCAAUGGACCAGGAUAAAACACAUCUCGAAAUACCACUAUAAAGGGCAGGUGCGCCCUGGUCUGCGGCGUCAUCGAACACCCCGUCAUAGCUCGCACCAGGAUCGCCAUCACCAUGGUCGCGUCACCCUUCCUCAGCCUCGCCGCUAUGGCCGCAACCGCCUCGGCGGCCUUCGAAUGCACUCGCGACUACCUCCAGGAUACCGUUGACAAGUACAUCGAUAUGCAAGUCACAGGCCAGCACGACCGCUUCGAAAAUCUAGCCUAUACUAUGGUGUAUCUUGAGAACAAUAAGACAAGUUCCAUCCUCAGCGGCAUGCCCGCAUACCCGAUCGUCGUCGCCGCGAAUCGCUCUUCCCUCGAUACCACGCAGUGCAAGACCUUCACUGAGCUCAUUGUUACGGAUCCGAUGCAUCCGUAUGUGGUACAUACGCAGAUGAGUUUGGACGAGGAAGGCAACGUCAAACUAAUCGACAGCCUCGUAACUGACAAAGGCGACUGGGCCUUCAACGCAACCGGGUACCUCUACUGGAGCAGCCAAGAAUCCUGGGCCCCCAUUCCCGCCGCCAACCGCAUGUCGCGCGCCGCCAUCCAAGCCGCCGGCGACGCCUACGCCGACCGCUGCAACGACACCUCCGUCGAUGUCCCCUUCGGCACACCCUGCGCGCGCCUCGAGGGCGGCGCGUACACCGGCCGCGGCAACCUCUCCGCUAACACCUGCAAUAUCGGCGGCCUGCCGAGUAACACGCCGCUCACGAAUCGCCGAUAUGUGGUUGAUGAGGUUAUGGGAACGGUGGAUAUUUUUCUGGGGUUUACGGGCUUGGAUCGCACGAGGCCGACGGAGGGGACGCCGGAUAGUCAUUGGUUUCGGGUCGAGGAUGGGAAGAUACGAUAUAUUCAUACUGUGAGUGCGUGUUUCACGGAUGGAUGCGGUAUGAAUGGAACGGGGCCGCCGCCGAUGCGGUUCACGCUGUGAUCGGCUUUAGGAGGGGCGAGACAGAUAUUAUGCUGA